AAUUAGAAACCUGACGAUCGGAUAAUUUAGUGGUAGGAGGAUCUGAGUAGUGAGUGAUGUUCUUGGUAGAUUGGUUCUAUGGCGUACUCGCUUCGUUAGGGUUAUGGCAGAAAGAGGCUAAGAUCUUGUUUCUUGGACUCGAUAAUGCUGGUAAAACCACUUUGCUUCACAUGUUGAAAGACGAGAGAUUGGUACAGCAUCAGCCGACGCAGCAUCCAACGUCUGAAGAACUUAGCAUUGGGAAAAUCAAGUUUAAGGCUUUUGAUUUGGGUGGUCAUCAGAUUGCUCGCAGGGUGUGGAAGGAUUACUAUGCUAAGGUGGACGCUGUGGUCUACCUAGUUGAUGCCUACGACAAAGAGAGAUUUGCAGAAUCAAAAAAGGAACUUGACGCACUUCUCUCAGACGAAUCCCUAGCCAACGUCCCAUUCCUCAUUCUAGGAAACAAAAUAGACAUACCUUACGCUGCAUCAGAGGACGAGCUCCGUUACCAUCUCGGACUCUCCAACUUCACAACAGGAAAGGGUAAAGUGAAUCUAACGGAUUCGAACGUAAGGCCAUUGGAGGUUUUCAUGUGCAGCAUUGUCAGGAAAAUGGGUUAUGGCGAAGGCUUCAAAUGGCUUUCUCAAUACAUCAAGUAAGACGACACAAGCUGUUAUUAUUAAGCCGUAAGUUUCUAUAAAUUCAGUUUUUGUAUUGUCUUGCUCUUUCUGUCUUUUUUAAUGUGUUGUAAGAAAAUGUCUUAAAACGUAGCUUUUUCUCGUUUGUCUGAUCCUCGACUGGUUUGUUUCUUGUAGUGAAUUUUUUACAUUACAUGUUUCGUAAUUUUUAUACUCAAUAUAAUGAUUGAAAUAAG